AUGACGGUGUAUUGCGACCGCUGCGACCGCUACUUCCCUCACUACGGUGCCCUCGCGCAGCACGAGCGGGCGUCGAGCGCACACUGGCUCUGCGACGACUGCGAGAUCGACUACACGACGUGGACGGGGCUGAAGGAGCACUACGUCCAGAGCCGCAGACACUUCUACUGCCAGCACUGCGACGAGCAUUUCGACGAUGGCGGCGAGCUGGCGGAACACAUGGACGACGCACAUUUCUACUGCUCUUCGUGUGAGCGGGUGUUCAAGAACGAGCAGGGGCUGCACGAGCACUGCCGCCAGUCGAGCGUGCACCACUACUGCACCCCCUGCCGCCGGCUGUUCACCUCCGCAAACAACCUCAACGCGCAUAUGAACUCGGCGCUGCACAAGCCACGCCACGAUCACGUGCCCCGGCCGCGGCUGCGGGCAGUCCUUCAUCAACGGCCCGUCGCUCGCCGCGCAUCUCGAGGCGGGCAGCUGCGCGUCGGGCGCGAACCGGCAGUCGCUCAACCGCUACAUCCGCGCGCAGGACACGCGCAACGUGAUCACCGACCCCGCGCGCCUGAUCGCCGCGGCGGAGAGCGACAACACGCGCUACGUCGCGACCGGGCGCAGCUGGAACGGCACCGCGUACGAGUGCUACCUCUGCCACGGCAAGUUCCGCCACGCUGCCCGGGCUUAAUCAGCACCUCGCGAGCCCCGCGCCACGAGGAGCAGACGUACAUCUGCCGCGGGCCGGGGUGCAGCCGCCGCUUCCAGACGCUCAGGCGCUGUGGGCGCAUGUCGACAGCGAGCAGUGUGGUGUCGCGCCGGUGCGGUGAAGCGCGCGAUGGACGAGCUGUCGGACCGGUUGCAGAGGACGAGGAUUGCGAAUUAGAGGGACAGAGACGGAACUCGAUGAAAGCAGAAACCUUUACUGUCUGUACUAAUCGAUAA